UCCUAAUUCAUUGGGAUCGGGUAUUGGUAUGCGUAAUAGACAAAAGCGGAGACGGCUAUAGACAAACACAUUACCAAGUUUGACUAAUAGUAAAUUUUUAAGUAGCGUGGGGCUUUUGGCAGUGGGCGGAAGUUCAGAGGCAAGCUGAGUUUCUGUUUUGCAUCCUGAUUGUAUCCGGUGAUCGGCAACGAUGAGUAAAGUUCAUGCUUUUAAUGAGGUGGUGGAGCACAACAAGAAAGAUGAUUGCUGGCUUAUCAUCUUUGGAAAGGUUUAUAAUGUAACCUCAUUUCUGGAUGAUCAUCCUGGAGGUGAUGAUGUCUUGCUGACUGCAACAGGGAAGGAUGCAACAGAUGAUUUUGAAGAUGUCGGUCACAGUGAUGAUGCAAGAGAGAUGAUGAAGAAGUACUACGUUGGUGAGAUAGACCGUUCUACCCUUCCCGUUGAGCGCAAAUAUACUCCGCCUGCAACGCCACCACCCGCUGGAAACCAGGGUUCUGGAAAUUUAUCAAAGAUAUUGCAAUUCUUGUUACCAUUGUUGAUAUUGGGUGUAGCGCUUGCCUUACGUUCCUUUUACCAGAAAGAAUAGAUCAACUGUCAUAUUUCAAGCUGCAAUAGCAAGCGUAUGGAAAAUACAAUACAACCUUCAACUAAGCUGCUUGUCAUUUUCAUAUGUUGUGUUUUAGUCCUAAAGAUUAGUAUCUUUUAUUCAGCUUAUGUGUAUUUUCUAUCUUUGCCUGAUGUUGUCCCUAUUGGGGUACUGAGAUAUUAAAACGUUGUUACCGCUGUUGGAUGUCACUGCUGGUAAUGCUGUCUGUUAGAAUAAAAGUUUUAUGGUAGAAGUUUUCUUUA